AUGCUUGCGACGGGCUCUCGAUCACCAAAAGGCCGUCCAAUUGGCAAUAAUGUGAUGGGUGGGGGGUUCGAUCAGUUCACUCUCAGGUUUAGGUUGGGAGGGAGGAAUUCGUCGAUAGAUAAUAUUGCUUCUGGCCAGAGCAAGGAUUUCAAAGGAAGGGAGAGAAGGGAAGGAAGGGAAGGAAAGGAAUGGAAUGGAGCAUAUGCGAAAGAAGUAGCAGGAUGUAAUGUAAAAUUGUAA